AUGAUAAAUGCCAACAGGGCUAAAGUCGGUGCUGAAAAUCAGGUGGAGCUGGAGGAAAAAACACGACUUAUUAAUCAAAUGUUGGAAUUACAACACACACUUGAAGAUCUGGCAGCAAGUGUAGAUGCAAUGACGGCAGAAAAUCUGAAGCUAAAAUCAGAAAACCAAGUUCUUGGACAAUAUAUAGAAAACCUCAUGUCAGUUCCUAGUGUUUUUCAAACAACCGACUCAGAAAGCCAAAGAAAGUAA